CCCAAAAGUGUUCUCCCCAAAACCAAACUGAAAUCCCUCAAACCCCCAAAAUUCCCUCCCCUCCCAUCGCUCUCAACUCUCAAAACAGUAAACUGAACUCAACCAAAACUGCAAAGUUCUUUACUUUCUUUUCUCUCACAUUGCCUCCAAAAAUGGAAAACCCUAAACCAGGAAGUUGAACUUCAACUGCGUCGUUUUGGUCUUCCGAAGCUCGCCUGCAACUGCAAAUUUCCAUACCCUGUUGCUUAGUUAAGCUCUCUCUCUCUCUCUCUCUCUCUCACUACGGUCAGUUCUCUCUCUCUUAAUUUCUGCCAGUGCCACUACCCCAGUAGAGUAGUGGUAGUAAACUGGGUUUUAAUUUUGGUGUAUAGUGCAGUGCAGCCAUAAACCCCACCUUAAUGCUUAAUCCUUCUGGCCGUGCCAAUAUAAAUUGAAAAUAUCCAAAUCAAUGGAGAAGUUAGAGACUAUAUAUAUAAUCAUGAAUUUCAUAUAAAUUAUAAUCAGUCAUGGACUUUGAGCCUCUGAAUAUUGAGAACGAAGCGGUGGAGUUUGACAUGGGUGGUUCGGGCGAAGAUGACGCCACUGCCCUUGACUUAGAACACCCAGAUGAUAGCUAUGAUAUUUUCGAUGAUGAUUUAGUCCAAUCCUCUAAUUCUACUAGGUCUCGUGAUGAUUUUGCUAGUGGAGACCCCAAUCUUGAACCCUAUGAGGGCAUGGAAUUCGAUUCCGAACAGGCCUCACGCAUUUUCUAUAAUUCUUAUGCACGGCGGAUUGGUUUCAGCACCCGGGUCAGCGUGUACCAGCGGUCUCGUCGAGAUGGCUCCAUCAUAUGCCGCCAAGUAGUGUGUUCCCGUGAAGGGUUUCGCCGUGACGGAGGUGAAAAUAGGUCCAAGCGGCAGCGUACAGUCACUAGAGUUGGUUGUAAAGCACAGAUGACUGUGAAGAAACAGAGUUCAGGAAGAUGGGCUGUUUCGAAACUAGUUAAGGAACAUAAUCAUGAGCUUGUGCCUCCAGAUAAGGUGCAUUGUCUUCGUUCACAUAGGCAUGUCUCUGGUCCUGCUCGAAGCCUGAUUGAUACCCUUCAAGCGGCUGGUAUGGGUCCUAGUGGUGUGAUGUCUGUGCUGAUCAAAGAAUCAGGUGGAAUUAAUAAUGUUGGUUUCACAAAAGUCGAUUGCCAGAAUUAUAUGAGUAGCAGCAGGCAGAGAACUCUGGGGAGUGGGGGUCAGUUUGUUUUUGACUAUUUGAAGCGAAUGCAGUCUGAAGAUCCUGGCUUCUAUUUUGCCGUCCAGGGUGAUUUUGAGAACUUAACAGGAAACAUUUUCUGGGCUGAUUCAAAUUCAAGAAUGAAUUAUGACUACUUUGGAGACACUGUUACAUUUGACACAACAUAUAGGACAAACCGAUACCGGGUCCCAUUUGCCCCAUUUACUGGGUGGAAUCAUCACGGGCAACCUGUUUUAUUUGGAUGUGCAUUACUCCUUAAUGAGUCGGAGUCCUCAUUUGUUUGGCUAUUUCAGACUUGGCUAGCUGCAAUGUCUACCCGCCAUCCUGUCUCAAUCACAACAGACCAGGAUAGAAUCAUUCGGGCAGCUGUCGGGCAAGUAUUCCCUGGAACUCGCCACCGAUUUUGUAAAUGGAAUGUGUUGAGGGAAGCUCAGGAGAAAUUGUCCGACAUAUAUCACUCACACCCCACAUUUGAAGCCGAGUUUCAGAGGUGCAUCAAUAUGACAGAGACAAUUGAUGAAUUUGAGUCAUGUUGGGAGUCCCUUCUUCAAAGGUAUGAUAUUGGGGAUAAUGAGUGGCUUCAGUCCAUGUAUGAUGCUCGCCAGCAAUGGGUGCCAGUUUUCCUUCGGGAUACAUUUUUUGGGGAGAUGUCUGUAACCCAAGGAAGUGAUAAUAUAAACUCAUAUUUUGAUGGCUAUAUAAAUGCAUCAACUAAUAUUCAGGUGCUAAUAAAGCAGUACGAAAAAGCUAUUGCCACUCGCCAUGAAAAGGAAGUAAAGGCAGAUUAUGAUACAAUGAACAUCUCUCCAAUUCUAAGGACUCCAUCUCCAAUGGAAAAACAAGCUGCAAAACUUUAUACAAGGAUAGUGUUCAUGAAAUUCCAAGAGGAAUUAGUCGAGACACUAGCUUAUCCUGCAACUAUGGUUGAUGAUACAGGAUCAGAAACUGUGUAUCGGGUAGCAAAAUUUGGGGAAGAUCACAAAGUUUACUUUGUUAGGUUCAAUGUUUUUGAGAAGAAAUCUAGUUGUAGCUGCCAAAUGUUUGAGUUUUCAGGUAUUAUAUGCAGGCACAUAUUAGCUGUUUUCAGAGUAACUAAUGUUCUUACACUUCCAAAUCACUAUAUAUUGAAACGUUGGACCAAAAGUGCCAAAAGUGGAGUUGUAUGGGAUGAGCACACUCUUGGGUUGCCAAAUGAUUCCCAAGACUCCUCUGCUGCUCGGUAUGACAAUCUACGCAGGGAAGCUAUCAAAUAUGUAGAAGAAGGAGCAGAAUCCGUGCGUGUUUAUACUGUGGCAAUGGACGCUCUUCAUGAGGCUGCUAGCGAGGUUACUGCUGCAAAGAAGCAUGGUCUUGGGGUUGUACAGAGUACUUCAAUUAAUUGCAGCCAGCAGCUUCAGUCUUGUACUGUGGAUCAGGAUAAGAAAAUUAAGGAAUUGGCAGCUGAGUUGGACAUUGCAAGUCAGCAGUGUGAAGCAUAUCGAGCCAAGCUACUUGCCAUUUUGAAGGAUAUGGAAGAACAGAAGUUAAAGAUAUCAGUGAACGUUCGGAAUGUAAGGCUAAAUCUAAGAAGUUAGAACCUGCCCACCCUUUUCAUGUAUACCACCAAAACAAGUGGAAGAGGGAGUUGGCUGGGUUGGCUUUCUUUCAUCGUCACACGCAUGCUUAGUUACCGGGUAGUGGUUAGAAAAGGGAUUUUUGGAUUUUUUCUUUCAUCCCCAUAGUGUAGGCCGGUUGUAAUGUAAAUUAUUCAGAGUUGUAGUUAGAUGUAACUGUAGUAUAAUAGUGUUCAUG